AUGAGGUGAGUGUGCGUCAUAAUAAACGUUUGAUCAAUGUUACAGAUCAAUGUUACAGAUUGGUUUUAAAUCCAGAAAUAUGUAUCAAGCCGAUGUACGAUGUACGAUGUAGCUAGCUACGAAACUUUUAGCAGUCAAGGAAUUCGGGUGGUUUUAUAUCGCCUGAGAUAUGAGAUAUAGAAACUACAGUGAACCCAUGUUCGACUGGCUAGCUAGCACGAUUGAAAGGACUCGGAUAUGAUCAUGCUAUGUGACAGCAUGAGUUCAAUCAAGCUUUCUUUUACACUUGUGGAAUUGUAACCCUGUAUCUUGUGACGGUCAACUUUUGGAUUAGUGAAGAUUUGGAUUGACCAUCACACGUUGCCUGUCCACCAUCAUGCUGAGUGACGUGGAGGCAAAAGAGCUGCUGUCCUUCCUCACCCUGAACACCAGGCCGGACCUCAAGGGCCAGGCCACAGAGUACAUCCUGGGCCUAUCUGGCAACAGGGAUGGCUGUCGCUACCUACAGUCAAAACCUGACUUCCUUAAAGCCCUGGUGACCCUCACCACCGACCCCUCUAUCGCUAUCGUCAAAGACUGUUACCACUCUCUCAUCAACCUCUCGGCUGACGAGACCAUGCACCAACCGCUGGUGAAAGACGCUGACUUCCUCCCUAUGUUGUUUACAAACCUCCUGGACCCAGAGUUUAUGUUUGCAGAUCGUAUCUGUACGAUCCUCACUAACCUGUCGCGGCACGUGAAGACGUGUAAAGAGGUGUUUAAGGCUAUGCAGGAGCAGGAGAUAGGUCUGACGCAGAUAGUGGAAAUUUUCUGCACCGAGGGCUACAACAAGCAGGUGUCACUCCAUUACCUGGGCCCCCUCCUCUCCAACUUGACUCAGCUCCCCGAGACCAGACACUUUAUCCUGGAUAGGGAGAGGUGUGUAGUGCAGAGACUCCUUCCCUACAUACAAUACGAGGCCUCCACAAUCAGACGAGGGGGAGUCAUUGGCACUCUGAGAAAUUGUUGCUUUGACCAUGCUCAUCAUGAGUGGUUGCUGAGUGAUGCAGUGGACAUUCUGCCUUUCCUGUUGCUGCCUCUCGCUGGGCCUGAGGAACUGUCUGACGAGGAGAAUGAAGGGUUACCCGUCGACCUCCAGUACUUGCCCGAGGACAAGAAAAGAGAGGAGGAUCCCGACAUUCGCAAGAUGCUCAUUGAGACCAUGAUACUGCUGACUGCUACCAAAGUGGGCCGGCAGUUUCUGAAGGCCAAGAACACCUAUGUCAUCAUGAGGGAGUUCCACAACUGGGAAAAGGAACCUCACGUGGCCGCUGCUUGCGAGAAGUUUAUACAGGUGCUGAUCGGGGACGAACCGGAGCCAGGCAUGGAGAACUUGUUGGAGGUGGAGAUUCCUGAGGAUGUGGCGGUGAAGCUCAAAGACAUGGAUGCCAAGGAGCAGGAGCAGUUGGAGAAGGACCAGGAAGAUCUGUUAAAUCCAGACAAGCCCCAGCAGUGUGCUGGCAUAGUGAGGAUGAUGUAGCAGAGGUCUUUUCUACAUUUCAUCUGAGCCACCAUCUGAUGAACAAUGGAACCAAACCAACUGCUGACUGGAACGAACAGAAGAUAAUUCUCGCCAUCACAACAACAAACUUGCAUGUAAACAGGAGUCGGGGAGGACUGUGUUGUAUUUUCACAUAAUGUAAAUUCAGACAACAAAAGUCAAGUAACCAUUAAAAUAAUAUCGUUUUUAACGAAAA